CAUCCGCAACGCCACAAAUUUCACCGCAUUCUGAGGCGCAAUCUGUGGUGGGCUAUGCAAGUCAAAGCCUUGCAAUCCUGUGAAUACAGCAUCACUAGUGUAGUCUACACCAAAUAGAACCAGGUAAAACACACUGUAUUUACGCAGGGAAUGGAUGCCGGGGAACACCUCCUUCUUGGGGGCGAGUCCGCACUCCGCAAACCGACGCAUCAAAACACGAGCUUCCGCUUUCGCCAGCUGGAGUCACAGCACGGCACCGAAUUCCGGUCGAGGUGCAUAAGAAACUCUAAUAAAAUGUCGAACUACGCAAGAGUUAUUCAUCAUGCCACCAGUAUAUUAUGCUCGAACAAAGGCGCCAUGGACUUGCUGCAGCUCUAUCGCAAAGUCUACCAGCGUUUUGGUACCGAAGAAGACGAUUUUUGGUACAUCGUCAAGAAAUGUCCCAGGUUCGCAAUAGUGAAGACCAGAGAGCGAACAACGGGAGGAGAGUGGGGGUCCGACUGCGUCGUUGUUGCCAAAACAUCUCUUCGGCUGUGUAAGAACUACUCUAAGCAAGAAUGCGAGGACUGUCAAGAACUCCAUCUUUGCAAAUAUUUUGUGUAUGGAAACUGUCGCUAUGGCAAAGGCAGGAAGCCGUGUAAGUACUCCCAUGACGUGCAGUCGGAACAUAACUACCGGCUGCUGAGGGAGUGCACCCUUCACGAACUCCACGAGGACGAGCUCUUCCUGCUGCUGCUGCAGAAUGACCCCUCCCUGCUGCCAGAGGUGUGCUCUCACUACAACAAAGGCUCAGGGCCUCAUGGCUCCUGCACGUUUCGGGAUGGUUGCACCAAGCUGCACCUGUGCAUGCACCUGCUGCAGGGCGACUGCAUGUUCGGCUCGCGUUGCAAGCGCCUGCACACCGUCGACCAAUCAGGACACAGGAUGCUGCAGGAGCGAGGCCUCGGUGAUGACGUUAUCCAGGAUCUGCCAAUCAUCUACCAGAAUGUGUACAGACUAACUACGCAGACAGAUGGAGUCUCUGAUGAGCUGAUGCGGUCGGGUGCCCAGGUGGAGGAGAGGAGUGAGAUUUGUCUCCAUUUCCUCCGAAGGAACUGCAGAUUUCAGGAGCAGUGUGUGCGCGUACACUUUAACCUGCCUUAUAAGUGGGAGGUGUGUGAGUCAGGCACAUGGAGGGAUCUACGGCAGAUGGAGCAAAUCGAGCGAGCGUUCUGCAACCCCCAUAACACACACAGUCCGGGCCCAGGUCCGGUUGACUUCCUGUCCAUGAAGCGCGGCUAUGACCCCGUGCGGCGUCUCUCCACCGUUUCCGCGGUAACCAAACCGGCGCACUACAUCCUGACCACACACUGGCUCUGGUACUACAAGGGUGACCAUGGCAACUGGAUAGAGUACGGGCAGCCGGAUGAUAAAGGACGCGUAACAUCUCUGUCGUCACGGGAACUGGAAGAGGCAUAUCUGCGUGACGACAACGCUGAGAUCACAGUGACAAAGGGACACCGGGUUUACUAUAUCAGUUUCCAUGACAUGUACCAACGGAACACCAAACACAACACCAAGAGGAGAAUCCGUCGCCGGCCGCACUUUGUGUCCAUCUCUGAGGUGGAGGAGCAAACAGUGCGGUGAAACACACACACACACACACACACACACACACACACACACACACACACUCAUCCUUUGCCAGAGAGACUGCUAAAGAAUGAAUGGUCAGUUUUGUACAGUGUGAGUAGGCCACACGGAAAGUCCAAGCCGUUUCCCUGCAUAAUAAUAGUGAUUGUGAUUCUGAUAUGGCUCUGGUUUACUGAUCUUUACCUGCUCUUUGAACAAUCAAUAGGUCAUGCCUACUCUUGUGUCUCUCUCACACACACACACACACACACACACACACACACACACACACAUGCAAAGGAAUGUUUUACAUUACAGAUAACAAACAUAUGUUGUGUUAUGUAAAAUAUGAACUUGUUUUAUUAAAAGUAAUUUAUAUGUU